CAAAAAGGAAACCGAGAGCAAAAACAUUCCCAACGCCUUGUUUAAAAGGAGAUCAUAAUCCACCCCGCACCCGUCUGCUCAUAUACAAGACUAACAUUUUCAACCCGGGCCCGGAGCUCCACCGCCGGCGUGAAGCUGCGUUAACACCCAGGCUGUUUUUUUUUUUUUUUUUGGUUUCCCGCACAGACGCAGACGGCUCCGAGCUGCUCCGCCGCGGCCUCCAUUUUAGCUCCUUGCCCGGUCGGUACCUCACGUGUCCUGGACUGUCUUUCUCACAUGACCCGUGUGUUUGUCCCCGUGAUCAGCGCUUCCAUCUCCGUAAAUCAGUGUCGUUGAAUAUCGGCGUUUUUUUUACACCCGCAGGAACCUUCAUGGAUAUGCUGGAGCAGAGUCUGGACAGCUCGGCGAGUCACGACAAACAGGAAUCAGAAGAGGUGGUGCAGUUACAGGAAGGAGAGGCGGUGGGGACAGAGGAGCAGACUGCAGUGACCAUCGCUGGUGUCCCGCAGACUGCGUUCACUGACCACAAUGUGCAGUACCAGUUUCGUACAGAGAACAGUGGAGGACAGGUGACCUACCGUGUGGUUCAGGUGACAGAUGAUCAUUUAGAGGCGACAGCUGAUGGGACUGGAGCCGUAAGCGUCGUCUCCACUGCAGCAUUUGCAGGGGCCCCUCAGGCUGUGGCUCAGGCCGUCAUCCAGAACCCUUUUAGUAAUGGGGGUAGUCCUGGCGGGGAGACCGUGGGCGGAGAGACACGUUUCGCUUAUUUUCCCGCCGCCACCGUCAGCGAUGGAACAGCCACGGCCGUGUCGGUGCAGGCCACCGCUGACCCAACCAUCACACAGGCAGGAGGUCAGUUCUACGUGAUGAUGAGCCCCCCCGAGGUGCUGCAGACGACGACCCCUCGUACCAUCGCACCACGCACACACACCUACACUGCGAAGGUGGAGGGUCCACGGGCACCCAGAGAUGAGAGGCGAAGAGCACAGCACAACGAAGUGGAGAGAAGAAGAAGAGACAAGAUUAACAACUGGAUUGUUACACUGUCGAAAAUCAUCCCUGACUGUAGCGUGGACAGCAGAACUGGAGCGAGUAAAGGAAGCAUCCUGUACAAAGCCUGUGACUAUAUCCGAGAGCUGCGUCAGAGCAACCAGCAGCUGCAGGAGAGCUGCAAAGAGGUGGAGCGAGUCAAGAUGGACAACGAGCUGCUCAGACAACAGAUCGAGGAGCUAAAGAAUGAUAAUGCACUGCUUCGAGCACAGCUACAGCAGCAUGGGGUAGAAGUCAAUGGAGAUGCAACACCACAGUGAUUGUGGACUGGACACGUGUAAUGACACAAACACAAAUGUCGCAUCCUCCCACCCACCUGAACAAUACCAGGAAAGGAAUUACAACGACAGAGAAUUUCCAUCUGAGAUUGGACGAGAGAAAGACGCACAGGGCUCGAGAAGAACACUGACGGACUGCAGACUGAACACGUCUCUUCCACCUCCAGCAGUUUAGAGGCUCUGAAAUCCGUUAACUGUAGCUGACUGAACGUCUCGCCUCUGCUUCAAAGGAAAACGACCUCUGCACAGCAGCACCACGCUCGCACCAAACUUUCUCUUUACUUUAAAUUAUGAACCUGCCACAGAAAAUUUUACUUUUAUUGAUUUCACCUUUUUAUCUCAACACAGACUUGUUUUUUUUUUUUUUUUUUUGACAUUUGCUGUUUUUCAAACUACUAAAUGUGACCUGAAUGAUCACUCUCAUUUACUUUUAAUUUAUCAGUCUUCAAGGAACCUGAACACAGAAAAGAAUAGGAAACGACAACAAACAAAUAACCGGUAAAUCGGACGUGUUGAUGAUGCUCAUCACUGUCACUAAGGAUAGUUUUACUGUCACUCGAGCUUGUGUGUGUAUAUAUAUAUAUAUAUAUAUAUAUAUAUAUAUAUACAGUUGAUCUGUGAGCAGUUAUCUGCCUCUUAACACUGACACUCCACAAACACAGCCCAAUGACAGUAAAUUCAAAAACUAUAAUACAUCUCUGACAGCUUUGCCAUCACAGACGUGGAGGUUUUUGUUUUUAGUCCAAGGCCUUAAUAGAAGCCUGUUGGAGAAUCUAGGUGUUAACAUAGCUCAGGUAAUUGGGAUAGUGCACUGGCAACUGGUUCCCAGACUCAAUGAAGUCUUUACAUAUAUAGAGUUUAGUAAAAGUCUCCUUUUUGUCCCCUUUAGGUGCAAUGUACAGAUAAAUGAGAAUAUGGGGAUGAUUUUCAACCUGUAAGUCAUUUUUAAUGGGCAUUAAAAAAAUAUGGUUUGUUUGUAUAUCUGAUAAUAGGUAAUUGGUGUAAUGCACUGAAACAGAGGUUCAGUCAUGUGAGACCGGCCUCUGUUUGGCCUCCCACCAAUCAUGCUGCAUUUGAAUGGACACGCAAGGUGGCAUUGUUUUUGUUUGUUGUUUUUUUGUUUUUUUCACUAUUCCCUAACUCUUUACAACUCUGGGAACCAUUGCUGCUGACAGAAGACCAUAAAAGAGCCAUGGUCAGGAAUGUGCUAAAGGUAGUUUGGAUGUGAGUGAUGAUAAUUGUAACUAACCAGCUUUUGUCUACACUGAAAGUCUCCACAGCAUGGAAAUAUAACCACUGGCAUGACUAAUUCUGAUAUUACAAUAAAACAGAAGUGUGAGCGCUGUUUAUUACA